AUGGAGCACAUCCACGGUGAAAUAUCUGCCAUGCAGCAUGCACUGAACCUGCAAGCCGACUCAAGUGAAAGCCUCCGUGCUAUUACUUUGAAUGUGAGCAACCGGGUGUGCGCCCUGGACUUACGCGCGGGCCAUGGUGAGGGUGCCGGCCUGCCCUCAGUGCCGAAGCAACCGGGCGUAGUGGAGGUUAUAAACUCCAACAUCGAGGCUGCGGAUUACAACAGUGCUGAGAGGCUGUCAGUGCCUAACGAGGAAAGACCAGCACCAGCGGAUAACAGCGCGGAAACAACGAACGUUCCACUUGGAUCUCCGAAAUGGAGUACAGUUGUGAAGCUGGGCCAACGUCAGCAAAGGGAGCCUGCUGCUGCUAAGUCUGCGUCCCGCAGCAGGCUACUACUAUCCGGGGCUGGGCAGAGGAAAAAUAAAUUGGUGAGAGCUGAGGAGAGGAUGGCGUUACCAGCGGCGUUUCUGUCUGAGGACCAGUUUUCCUGCUCCAUCUGUUUGGAGAUCUUCAACAACCCAGUGUCGACACCAUGUGGACACAGCUACUGCCAGGUCUGCAUCUCCUCGUACUGGGACACCAGUAAGACCACGUCCCGAGCCUCUAAGAUGUACCAGUGUCCUCUGUGUAAGGAGAGCUUCAGCCGCCGCCCGGAGCUGCAGAUCAACCGCACCCUGAAGGAGAUAACCGAGCACUUCAAACGGGCCGCGGCCUCCGGACCCUCAGGACCCCCCACAGAGACCAGGAGGAGCCCCACGCCACGUCGCACCAAGAGGGCCGAGCUGCCCGAGGGCGUGAUCCACGAGAUGGUCAACCGCUUCCAUAAGAACAGCACCGAGACGGACGACCCGCCACCGUAUACUGCCAUACGCAGGUACACAUUGAGCAGUGCCCCUGAGGACCCCUCUCUGCCUCUGUGUCCGCUGCACACUCGAGGUCUGGCCUUUUACUGCUGCCAGGACCAUGUGUGCGUCUGCAGCGUGUGUGCUGAGAAGGACCAUCGAGGACACAGCCUCUCCCCGGCCAAGAGGGAGUGGCAGCUGCGCAAGUCUCAGUUGGGGAUCAUGGACGUGGAGCUCAAAGACCAGAUCACGGAGCGAGAGGGAAAAGCUCUGGAGAUCCGCACCGCUCUCCUCGACAUAAAGGCGGCAGCAGAGCUACAGACGGAGGAAGCCCUGGGAGCCUUUCUGAGCCUGAUCUCCAACGUGGAGCGCUGUCAGGCGGAUAUACUGGAGGUGAUAGAGAUGAGUCGACGCUCGGCCGAACACCAGACGCAGAAGCAGUUGAAGGAUCUGGAGGAAGAACUGAAGGAACUGAGAAAGAGGAGUGCAGCUGUGGACCAACUCAGCCACGCAGACUACGUCCACAUGUUAGAGAGCUUCCCGUCUCUCCCUCCUCCUCCUCACACCAGAGACUGGAGCUCUGCCUCUGUGGACUCAGCGCUGCCCUCUGCUGUCGUCCUGCGGAACAUCACUCAGACCGUGGAGCGCUUCAAAGACGACCUGAGCAAACUGACCGAAGUCUUAAAAGGACAGAACGGUGCAGUGGAGAAGCCUGUCAUCAAACACAACCCAACUCAGUGGGAUCAGAGCAGCUGCGUUAGCUCCAUCUGCACCCACGCAUCCGCCGCCGCUGCAGCCGCACCAGCCUCAGUCCUGGUGUGUCUGACGCGGGGGGGGGAGACGGGGGAGACGGGGACGAGGGGGGAGUGGGGAGAGAUAAUGGUGUAA